GAGAGAGAGAGAGAGAGAGAGAGAGAGAGAUACAUAGUCUUACGAUUAAGAGCUGGAUCAGAAGCCGCCCGCGAUGGCCGUCAGACUCAGCUCCCUGGAGGACGACCUGACGUGCCCCGUGUGCUGUGAUGUCUUCCAGGACCCCGCCGUCCUCAGGUGCAGCCACAGCUUCUGCAGGAAGUGCCUGGACACCUACUGGAAGGACAAGUCCGUCAAAGACUGUCCGUCCUGCCGGAGGAGGUCCUCCACGGACAAGCCCCCUGCCAACCUGUCCCUGAGGAACAUCGUGGAGUUUUACCAGAAGGAGCAGAGUGAGGCCGGCGGGGAGGGCGGCGGUGGCGUUAUACCCCUCUGCAGUCAGCACGGCGAGAAGCUGCAGUUCUUCUGCACAAACGACCAGGAGCUUAUCUGCGUGGUGUGCCAGGUCUCCAAGCAACACCGAGGCCACAACCUAUGCCCCAUCGACGAAGCCGCAUCUGAUCUGAAGGAGGAAGUUCAAAUCUGUCUCAAGCCACUGGAUCAGAAGCUGGAUUCUUUUCAGAAAAUGAAACAGCAGUGCUUGAAAACAUCCGAGCACAUACAGAGCCAGGCUCGUCAAACAGAGGUUCAGAUAAGGAAGACGUUUGAGGAACUCCAUCACUUCCUACGGGUGGAGGAGUCUACGAGAAUCGCUGCCCUCUUCAACGAAACAGAGCUGAAGAGUGUGAUCAUGAAUGAGAAAAUCGAUCACCUGACCAAGAAGAUGACAUCACUCUCUAACACCAUUCGGGACAUUGAGAAGCAGAUUGAAGCAGAGGACAUUUCAUUUCUCAAGGCCUAUAGGCAAACCAAAGGAAGGACUAAUUGCACACUGCAGGACCCAGAGCCAGUUUUAGGGGCACUGAUAGAUGUGGCCACACAUCUGGGCUCCCUGAAGUUUAAAAUCUGGGAGAAGAUGCUGGAUACAGUGCAGUACACUCCAGUGACUCUGGACCCCAACACCGCGGCCUGCUGGCUGUCUCUGUCCGAUGACCUCACGGUCAUGCGUUACCAUGGAGAGCAGUCGCAAAUCCCGGACAACCCAGAGCGCCGCAGGCAGUGCGUGCUUGGGGCCGAGGGCUACACCAGUGGCAGGCACGGCUGGGAGGUAGAGGUGGGGAACAACACCAGCUGGUAUAUUGGAGUUGUGAAGGAGUCUGUCGGCAGAAAAGGGGUUGUGGACACGAACCCGACUCAGGGUUAUUGGGUCUUAGGUCUGAGGGACGGGGAGCUGUAUGGAGCAUGCGCCCAGUCCCACUCCCCCCUCAAACUGAAGAAGAAGCCCCAGAGGGUUAGGGUGGCGCUCAACUAUGAGAAAGGACAGGUGUCCUUCUUCGACCAGAGCGACACGUCACACAUCUACACCUUCAAAGAGAAAUUCACAGAGAAGCUGUUUCCCGGUUUCUCGCCCAGUCAAAGUGAAAAGGGACGAAAUGCUGAACCUCUGAAGAUCUGCCCGGCCAAGGUGUCAAUAGUAAAGAUGUAAUCCCGCACUCAGCGAUUUUAACGAUUCGUUUGCAUUACAAUGAUUCAGAUUUCUAUGAUUUGAUUUGCAGAUAAGCUUUUAGAUUUUUCUGUACACAAAGUGGGUGUCAAAAAUAAAAAUAAGACAACUAAGAUAUACACACAUUAUGUUUCUGCAAUUGCGCAAUGUAAUGUAGGUGCAAUAAAAGCAUGACAUUAUAUUGUUUUUAUGUAUGCACAUAUAUAAGCAGACAUGACAUCGUGUUUUCCUGUACAUCAGAAAAUACUCCAUACAGUUGAAAAAGUAAAAUUUUCGUGAUGGUAAAAUUAGGUGGAGGUAACUAAAAUCUUCUGGGAUUUAUAACAAACAACAAAAGAGCAUAUUGAAGUGUUUUGUUUUGCUAAUUUCUAUCAGCAAUAAACUCUUAAGAUAAUUAAA